AUGGAGCGGGAGGCUUUGGACUUGGCCCUCCCUCCCUCGGGCAGUGCCCUGUACCUCUCUGAGCCCCAGUGGCUCCCGGUGUCCGUGGCUGCCUCACCUCUCCCGCUUUCUCCUGCCCCCGCUCAGGUGCUGGCCGCCGAGGAGAACGUGGACUUCCGCAUCCACGUGGAGAACCAGACGCGGGCCCGGGACGAUGUGAGCCGGAAGCAGCUGCGGUUGUACCAGCUCUACAGCCGGACGAGUGGGAAACACAUCCAGGUGCAGGGCCGCAGGAUCAGCGCCCGCGGCGAGGACGGGGACAAGUAUGCCCAGCUCAUCGUGGAGACGGACACCUUCGGAAGCCAAGUCCGGAUCAAGGGCAAGGAGACGGAGUUCUACCUGUGCAUGAACCGCAAAGGCAAGCUCGUGGGGAAGCAAGACGGGACCAGCAAGGAGUGUGUGUUCAUCGAGAAGGUUCUGGAGAACAACUACACGGCCCUGAUGUCGGCCAAGUACUCGGGCUGGUACGUGGGCUUCACCAAGAAGGGCCGCGCCCGCAAGGGUCCGCGGACCCGCGAGAACCAGCAGGACGUCCACUUCAUGAAGCGCCACCCCCGGGGCCAGGUGGAGCCGCAGAAGCCCUUCAAGUACACCACGGUGACCAAGCGGACGCGGCGUGUGCGCCCCACGCACCCCGGCUAG